AUGGAUUCAUUUGCAGCUGGUGCAGUCGCGGGUAUUACUGAGGUUAUCACGAUGUAUCCACUCGAUGUCAUCAAAACAAGGUCUCAGUUGAUGGUUGGCAAAAGCAUGGGAACAUUUGCUUCAUUGAGAAAUAUUGUUAAACAAGAAGGAGUAGGUCGACUUUAUC